AGAGAGAGAGUUGGUGGUGGCCAUGGCGUUUUCCGUCGUGGUCGCGGUGGCGCUGCUGGUUCUCGGCUGCUGCUGCGACGGAGGCCACGCCGGCGUUGUGGCUCCGCCGGAGGCGUUCGGUAUCUGCCCUUCUGCUGUGACAAUUCACGGCUAUAAGUGCCAGGAAAUUCAGGUGACGACGGAAGAUGGGUACAUUCUGAACCUACAGAGAAUCCCAGAAGGUCGCCGUGGAGGCGGACCCAAGAAGAAACAGCCCGUCAUUAUACAGCAUGGUGUUCUUGUGGACGGGACAACGUGGCUAUUGAAUUCUCCAGAUCAGAACUUGCCGAUGAUCUUAGCCGACAAGGGAUUUGAUGUGUGGAUCACCAACACUCGAGGCACACGCUUCAGCCGUCGACACACCUCCCUCGACCCUGACUCCAAGGAAUAUUGGAAUUGGUCAUGGGACCAACUCGUCGCAUAUGAUCUCCCAGCUGUUUUCGACCAUGUCUCGCAAGAAACCGGCCAGAAGAUCCACUACGUCGGCCACUCUCUAGGGACGCUCAUAAUUUUGGCAUCAUUGUCGGAGGGGAGGUUGGUGGACAAGCUCCGGUCGGUGGCGCUUCUGAGCCCAAUUGCAUAUCUCAGCCACAUGACCACCGCUAUCGGCGCCUUGGCUGCCCGAUCCUUCGUCGGUGAGCUUACUACUCUGUUGGGCGUUGCAGAGUUCAAUCCAAAAGGGGAGGCUGUGGGGCAUUUUCUGAAAGUUCUGUGUGCUAAUCAAGGGAUAAAUUGCUACGACUUAUUAACAGCUCUCACUGGUCAUAAUUGUUGUCUCAAUUCAUCUACCGUUGGACUCUUUUUGAUGAAUGAACCUCAGUCAACGUCCACCAAGAACAUGGUCCACUUAGCUCAAAUUGCGAGACAUGGGGUAUUGGCAAAGUACAACUACGGAAAAAUAUUCAACUUAUUUCACUACAAAGAACUGAGGCCGCCCAUCUACAACCUCUCCAACAUUCCCCACGACGUCCCCAUCUUCAUCAGCUAUGGCGGCCGGGACGCCCUCUCCGACGUGCCCGACGUCACCCACCUCCUCGACCACUUCAAACUCCACGAUGUUGACAAGUUCUCCGUUCAGUUCAUCGAUCGCUAUGCCCAUGCUGACUUCAUCAUGGGCGUUGAUGCCCACGACGUUGUUUACAGCUCCCUCGUCGCCUUCUUUGAUAAACAUUAAUCAAGAUCCUAUGAAAAAUACUGAGGCCUUCACUGAUGAGAAACUAUCUAACCACUCUUUGACAACUCAGUAAAAAAAUCUAAAAUUAGAGAAUUUUUUUAAAAAUUAAUGAGUCGUCAAUUUUUUAGCGGUAGGAUAAAAUUAGCGAGGCUUCAGUACUUUUCAUAUUAUAUUAUUCUCUCUCUUGAUUUGAUUUCAUGGUGUAGGGAAAGAGAACGGGGUUCCUUUGUGGUGGCCUCAUGUAUUGUGUUCUCUUUCAUUCUGUUAUAUUUUGAAUAUGAUAUAGAAUUUUGUAAAUUCUUAAUAAAUCCAAUAGUUUUAAGUUUUGAAA